ACAGAGGCCCGCACAGACGGGAGCAAGCGGAUCCACACCAACUUCAAGGAAGCUUGUGGCCCCUAGCAACUGAACUGCUGCAUUUGGAAGCUGCGCAUCGCGACUUUCGCGUUCGCCUAGCAAAAAGAUUAUCACCCCCCCAGACCGAACGACGACGGCGAUUCCCGAACCACGCGCGCGAUCUGUGGCCGCCCCGCUGCCGCCAGCGCUGAUCGAGCCUUCCUAUCUUCGACGAGUCCGAUAUGUGAAGCAAGCUCGUUGGACGCAAGUUCAAUUUUGGUACAUACCUCUUUGGCGCUACCUGAGAACCGAGCGGCUCGCGGCCUAACCUGCUGCCUCCAGCGCAGGAAUCUCAGCAACCAUGGCUCCGUCACUGUCACUACAGGGUCCCAUCAGCAGCGACCCUUCAUAUGCCGGCGUCGACCUAGACGGUGACGACGAGAUGGCGAUGCUCGAAGAAACCUUCAAGGAGACUACGGUGCCAUACGACGAAGAGGUCGAGGUGUUUGCGAAAUAUCUCGACGACUGCACCCUUGAAUCAGGCACGACCUCGCAGAAGCUUGCCCGGAUUUUCAAGUUGAUCGAGAGCUAUUCCGAAUACGUCAACGAGCGGGCACAGGCACUGCGAGAACGGCUGCGGAUCGCCGCAUCCGCGCGCGGCAACUCCCCCUCGUGGCAGCAUGGUCACUCCGACGACAACGACAUGGACAUGGACGACGGUGCCGAUCAGCGAUCCCGAGCGACGAAUCCGAAGGCGGAGCUAGAGCUCUGGGAGCAAGAGGCUCAGACCUGGGAUCUUUUGAAGCGCCUGCUGCCCCUGAGGUAUGGGGAGAAGCCCAAGACCAACGAGUUGCCGGCCCAUGGCCCUCGGUGGUCUGAAUUCCUCGAGGCGGUACCCUCGGCCCAGGAGAACUUGGCAGUUCUGGGGUGGUUACAACAGAGCGCCCGUGUGCGACCCGACAUCGACGAGCUGGUCAAGGACCUUCAGCGAAAUGCCGAUCGCGGAGAUAUUGUCGCCCACGGCUGGCUUCACACACGGACCGCCAUCAAGAUGUACAAGACGCACAUGCACGCGUCCGGUCCUGUCGACCCCCAGACCGCCGACUCUACCGGCUCGAAUCUGACGACAGCAAAUGGCCCCAUGGUUACACAGCUUGACCCAGAUGUGGUGGUGAGGCAACAGCGGCGGCUGGCUCCGCAGGACGAAUACUUUGAGCGCGCCAUCUGGCUCGGCUGCUUCGAGCUACUGCGGCGGGGCCGGAGCAUGAGCGAUAUCAGGGACUGGUGUCAAGAACGUACCGAGUCCUGGAGGGCCGUCAGCAUGUCUGGUCUGCCCAUGUCACUGGACGGAGUGGUCAAUUCACUCGGCAAUGAUCCUAUCCCGGCCAUUCUGUGGAAGCGGAUGUGCUUGGAGGUGGCUCGCCAGGGCAGCACAGACGACUACGAACGUGCCGUCUACGGCAUCUUGUCCGGUGACCGGGAACGUGUCGAGGCCGUUUCCCGGUCAUGGGACGACUACGUUUUCGCCCAGUACAACUGCCAGCUGCGAAGUCAAUACGAUCAGUACCUGGUGGAAAAGUGCAACUCCGAGUCUCUGUCACCAGAUUCCAUGUCGACUCUCAGCCAAUUCGCCAACGUGGAGCCUACCCGGGCCGGCUACAGUACCAAGUCCUAUCUGGAUAGUCUGGAAACGCGCCCGCAGAUUACGCCAGAAGCGCAGACACCGGCAAAGUCACUACAUGCGUCCAUUCUGGCCAACACCUUAGCCGACUUCCUAGAAAAGCAGGGCGAUGUCCUCGCGGCCGAGGCCAAAACGAGCAGUCAGCCAGGCGAGGCGCUAUCAAGGCUCCUCCCUCAGCUGGGUCCGACCUCGGUACCUUCAGUCCCCAGCCGAUACGCGAAACUCAGUGAACACCACUGGAUCCGUGCGCUGAGUCACAUAUUCAUCGUGGUAGCCGCGCUCGAGGCAACCACGCACGCGGGGCCGGUGGCCGACAGGAGGUUGCCGACCAGGGAACAUAUUCUCGCCGCCUACAUCAGCUAUCUGCGCCUGGCUGGUUUGGAUGAACUCGUGCCACUGUACUGCGCAAAGCUGGUGGGCGAGAGACGAUACACGUGCAUGAGCCGCAACCUGAUUCACAUCACAGAUCGGGAGAUGCAGAUGCGUAUGCUGACGCUCAUGGAGAAGAUGGGCCACGACGUGAUCACAUUCGUCAAGAUACAACCACAGCUGUAUCUUGAGGACAUUGGUGAGGCUAUUCUUGACUCGCCUUUGCUGCAUACAGAGAGGCACCCUUUCAAGAUAUUGGCCAACGGCCCACCCUCGCUCAAGUACGGCCGCAUCAUCAACCCUGGCGUCCUCGGCAACGAUCCGAGCAACCCCGAAGACAGCCAGAUUGCAGCACCUGACGAGUACCUUAUCCGCUCCAUGGAAUGGUUACUGCUUGUCACUGGCCUGAUUCCAGAGACAUUCGACUACGGCGUCAAGAUCUACAAAUACUUUCUGAAACACAAGCGGCUAGUUGCCGCCCGCUCGUUCGCGGAGCGUGUUUCUUGCGCCGACAUCCUGAGGCACAAGGCUGGCUUGCCCAUCCAGGAUGAGGAAGAGACGUCCUGGUGGGAUGAUAUGUUCUCCGCGGCAAGGCUCGAAAGUCUCGAUGCCAUGGACGAGGAUGGGGCAGGCGACACCGACGUUCCAAGAGAGCAGAUGGCAAUACUUGCCCGGCCUUUCUUCGAGCUCGAGUGCGCAGUGAGGGCGAUGGACUGCCUUGAGACAACAGCUCAAAUCACCCGCGAGAGCAGAGAUGACGGAUCCCGAGACAGGGAGAUUGCCCAGUCUCUGAGCCACAACGCCAAGCUCAUCAGGGGCUUCAUGAAGCCUUUGCUCAAGGACUGGCUCAUGACGACGCAGGAUUACGCAAAGGAGUUUGCGCAGCUCCGCGAGACUUACCUCCCAGAACUUGUGAUUGGAUAUGCCAGCACGCUGCAUGCGGCUGGCACAAGCUCGACGCGCGACUUCCUACUGGAGUGCAUGGAUCUGGCGGCGCAUAUCGCCGAGGAGAACUCCGACCUGGCAGCUCUUCUUGUGCGGACCGGGAGGAUGAAGGAGCUACUCGAGUCGUUUGCGUCGUGCAGCAAGGCGCUGGCCAUCUGGACCACGGACCUCAAGAAGGGCCAGGGGCCCAACUCCAAGAAGUACCGGGAGACGGGCUGGUCGCGAGAGCUCUGGACGAUCAAGAACUAGAUCGGGUCUGGGAUGAGAGAAAGCUAGGGACAAGGGGAGGCGGGCGUGUCUGCGGGUGGAGGUUGUGGCGUCAUUUGGUAUGGAGAGCCGGGCAACCGCAUCAUAUUGGCACUUUUAUGGCAUAGACCCAGAUGUAUGUACAAGGCUAUUGUCCUCAUUAAACUCACGGAUCUUGUUUCUUCACAACUUUUAAAACGCCUCGUCUCGGAGCCCAUCGGUCUACCCAACCUAAGCAAACGGGAGGC